AUGUCACAGUGGAAACAGAUCUCCAAGCAGGAGCUAACCACGGAUAUGAGCUACUUUGGGUUGAUCUUUGCUCUCAUAACUCAGUCAUUAGCGGCUAAUCUUGGUGUAAGCACUGGCAAACAUCUAGCAGAGUUAUGCAAGGCUGAGUACCCUCAAUAUGUGAAAUACUUCCUGUGGCUCCUGGCUGAGAUUGCCGUCAUUGCUGCUGAUAUUCCAGAAGGCAUGCCCCUAAACUAG